CUUGUUGCAUGCUAAGUGUUGGUUGCUUUGUGUUACUAACCUUUUGCAUUUGGCAUGGGAGUACGAGGUGAGUCCCUUCUUGCUGUGUAAGUAGGUUUGUUUGUGGAUGAUAUAUUUGUUGAGUGCUUUACAUGCUUUAUUUGAUUGCUGUGGGAUAUAUGUUGUUAUUUUUGUGGUUGCCAUUGUGCAGGUUAUUGGAGUGUCAUGCCCCUUGCACACACCCACUCUCAUUUUGCAUUAGAUCUGUGUUUGAGGCGUCCAUCUCUAUUGCAAUUAGAAUCCCGGGCAACAAGAGAGAUUUUCAUGCCAGCUGUAAUUUUUUCUGAGUAGGUUGUGGAAAAGGUGGAGCAGGCAACAGGCCAAAGAAGGUCUUCCUUGUGGCUACAAUGGAGGAGAAAAGUUACCAAUGAGUUCUUUCUGACUCUCUAGUUUACAUCCACAGCUCCAACGUGACUGAUUGAAAGAGCACCAUAAUCGGCUUCUUCCUUUUCCUUGGUUUUGUGAAGUAAAUCUAUAUCAGUCUUCAGAGAGGAGUGGCUGUCAGUUCCAUAGCCUUUUUCCGUAGUAAGUGUACGCCGGCUCACCAUUCACCUUCACGAAUGGUUCCGAUGUCGGAUCCACCACCGCCUCGUGAACCAAUGGCCAUAGCAACGUCUCCCAAAAUCGAACAGCUGAGGUAUUUGUUUAUCUACACGAGAGCCAUAGCGGAGUCGAGGAGAUUGAUUGAGCACAAUGAUCUGACCAGCGCGAAUCACCUGUUGGCUUCGUCUCGAGCAUUGCUGGUUCAGUCAAACUCAAUGUUGGCUGAGGAGUACGUAAGAGCUCUGGAGGCAGAGCUAGCGGAAUUGCAAUGGAGGAGACAGCAGAUUUUUUUGGUUUUUCUUGUGCUUUCAAUUUUCAGUCGUAGAAAGAAAGUGCUUCCUUAUUAUGUUAAGGAUAUUAUUAUUUGCAGAUUUUUUUUAUUUAAUUAUCAAAAUGAGGCGGAGGGACAAGAACCCCCUGAUCUCUGCCGUACACCACUUCCUGAGUCGCGGGUCCUUAUAAAGACAUGGCCAUUGGUUCACGAGGCGGUGGUGGAUCCGACAUCGGAACCAUUCGUGAAGGUGAACGGUGAGCCGGCGUACACUUACUACGGAAAAAGGCCGGAGAUGACUGGGUUGAUGCAGAAGGCUAUGUCAGGAGUCUCCGUGCCUUUCAUGAAAGCAAUGCUAGAAGCCUACAGUGGGUUUGAUGGGAUCCAGCGCCUGGUUGACGUCGGCAGCAGUACCGGGCAUUGCCUGAGGAUGAUUUGUCCAGGUGGCUUUGCGAUUCUUUGUCAAUCAAGACACCUUUUGAAAUAUUCAUCCGUGGAGAAAGCUUUGACCAACAAAGGAUUGAGGAGAUCUUUAACUGCAAGCAUUUUUCUCCAUCGUGGACAAUUGCCAAGUCCAAGGGGCAAGCUUAGAAGGACAAGAACCAAGAGCAACCUCGAAGAUCAAAAGCUCAAGCACAUCACACUUUAUAUGGCUUUAGCAAUCAAGGGAUUCUCCAAGGAAAGGAAUGCAACUACUCACUGAACAAUCAUACUUUGAGAGAUCUAGGAGUCAGAUUUUGCUAGGAACUUGAAUGCUCCCAUGUUGAUGUACUUAGUAUGAUGUAUUAGGCUUUUACUUUGUAAUGAAUGACCAUCUUUGUAAAGCAUGUUGAACCACUUGUAAAUGUCUUCUAUAGCCCUUUGAGUCUGAUGGAAAUCUUAAGGCGUUCAAAGAUAUUUUGCUUCAUCUGAGGCUUCUUGAGGAUUGGAAAUCGACGAUGUGUGAAUCCAUAUAGCAAUUGUUGAAACACUAAAUCAUGCAAAAUUAU